GUUUGACCAAAAAAAAAGAAACAGUAAUGGAUCACCUGGACAGAGCUCAAGUACUCCUCCUCUGUGACCUGUGUCAAAGAGAUGCAUUACAGAGUCAUUGUGAACUUUGCCAGAUUAACCUGUGUAAGGCCUGUGUAGGGGAUCAUCUCUCUGAUUCAUCUAUAAAACAUAAAGUUGUACCAUACAAACACAGAACUUCUACUCUUAGCUUUCCAAUAUGUCGAAAUCAUACUCAGAAACAUUGUGAACUUUACUGUGAAAAAUGUGAAAUUCCUGUUUGUUCGAUCUGCAUCUUCUCUGAUAAACAUCAUAAGCAUAAAAUAAUUGAUAUUUUGCAAAAAUCCAGCUUCAUUAAAGAAACUCUAAACAAGGAUUCGAUAGAACUAGAAAGAAGAAUACUUCCUACUUAUGAGGAAAUCGCAGCAGAAUUAAACUUUGAAAAAGUAAACUUAGAAAAACAUUAUGAGAAACUGACAACAGCUGUCACGAACCAAGGAGAGGACUGGCACAGAGAAAUUGACAUCAUAGUCAACAAAAAGAAAUCUGAAAUUGAUGAGAUGAAAUCUAAACACCUAGCUGUUCUGAAUAAAAAGGGUCAAGAAAUUGAACAGAUAUUAUUUGAUGUAAAACACAGUCUGUUUGAUCUCAAGAAAAUAUUAAAUUCAAAUGAAAGUUUCCUAUCCACUGCUUACAAAUCUAGGAAUGCUGAAUUCAGAAGUUUACCUCCUAAAGUCAACGUUAAAUUACCAAGUUUUUAUCCUCAUCAGAUCAACACAGAAAGGGCCAAUAGAAAGUUUGGUUCUCUUUCAGCAUUAUCCAUUACAACAGAAGAACAUGGCUACACAAUGAAAACACCAGAUACUGUAUCAUGUUCUCCAAUCAAACUACUGCUUGAUCAACCAAUGGUCAUCAUCACCAUACAUGUAAGCACUAGGAAUAUGGACAGUGUGACCUGUCGCAAUGACGAAGAAAUCUGGACAUAUGGGUAUGACAAAAUCAUGGAACUCUACAACCUUCAGGAAAAACUACUCAAGUCAAUCCAAACCAAGUCUGGUAACAUACCACGAGGUAUAACAGUAACAGGUAGUGGAGAUCUAGUUUACACUGACCCUGGAACAAGAAGUGUGAACAUAGUAAAAAAUGAACAGAUACAGGAAGUGAUCAGACUACAGGGGUGGAGACCUUUCAAUGUCUGUAGUACCUCCUCUGGUGACCUGCUGGUUACCAUGGGGAGUGAUGAUUAUAAACAAUCAAAAGUUGUCCGUUACUCUGGAUCUACAGAAAAACAAAUCAUUCAGUUUGAAAGUAAAAGUAAACCUCUUUAUUCGCCUUACCACCUUAAAUACAUCAGUGAGAACAGGAACUUUGAUAUCUGUGUGGCAGACUGCGGAGUCAAUGCAGUAGUGGUGGUUAAUCAGACAGGGAAACUCCGAUUUAGAUACACUGGUCAUCCCUCUUCUACCAACAUACCAUUUAAACUGGCCGACAUCACAACAAACAGCCUGAGUCAGAUCCUGACAGCAGACUGCAACAACCACUGUAUCCACAUCUUAGAUCAGGACGGACAGUUCCUCCGUUACAUUGAUAACUGUGAUCUACACUGUCCAUAUGGUUUAUGUGUAGACACCAGAGACAACCUCUUUGUUGCUGAGUGUGACAGUGGUAAAGUAAAGAAAAUCAAAUACGUGUUAAGCAAUGUGUAGAAAUAAAUUUUGUGACUGAGAAUCAGAUACUAGGAGAUAAUUUCUCUGUGUCUACGUGAAUUAGAACUGUGAAAAAAUUCAAUUACUCUAAAACAGCAGAUUUUAAUAUACGGCACAAGAGGCCCUUUGCUGCCUACUAGUAACUCAAUGCUUUUCCAUGGUCCUGUGGUUUCAAUCAGAAGAUUUUUUCUAUAGAAUUUAUGUACAUGUAUAUUCAUAGUCUUAAGUAAAACUUUUAUCAAACAUUGUGCAACGCCUCUCAGAAGCUUGCCUAUAUUUUGUAUUUGUCAGAGCUGUUUGCAUACAUGUGAUGCGUACCUACUGUACAUGAAAUGUCACAUUUAUUUUUAGUUUGAGUUAGUGGAUCACAGUGAGUUAUUAAAAUUCAUGGGUAAUGCAAAAUACCUUGAAAGAA